CAUGGAGAUGGCACAGUUGUCAGUGAAGCAUGUCGAUGGAGGCUGAUCAGCUGUUCCCUCUGUUCUGCUGACUUCAAGCAGAGGGAGAAGGAGGUACAGUCAUUCUGAAAGAUUAAUUGUUUAAGGAUUUCAACAUGAUAAAAUUGAUGUAAGAGUCACUUUGACUGUCAUAGGUUUUCUGGGGGCCAUGGAUAAUCUAAACAAGGAUGGAGAUUCUGACAGCAGAGAGCUUCAUGGACUGAAGAUUUCAGACCUAAUAAAAGCUUUGGCUGAGUGGAAAUCACCGCCUUGUGCCACCACACGUACUGCCCCCCAACACCCCAGCACCACCUCCACCCUGAAGAAAACGGUGACAGGGAAUUCUUACGUCCGCGGUAGCUUUAGAUCCAGAGCCGCCCUCCCUGGAAACAUCAAACAGCUCUCCAAGUGUCAGUUUAAGAGGCGAGAUUAUCUAAGUGAAAGUUUGUCUGCUUCAGUACCUGAUCCUGCUUCCAGCACUGCAGUGGCCUCAUCUCAGGAGGAACAACUGCAACACAGUUUACCGCCAUCAAAUCCCGUCGUUCCUGCGCAUGUGGCGGAAAAAUCUAAAAUGUUUCCCUCUGAGUAGAUCGUCUGUGUUGGAGAACAGAUUACAAAGCCAGAGCCAGAGCAGGUUUGGAACAGAGAGCAGUCCUGUGAAGCACAGUGGGUGAUGCCUCAGCAGGUUCUCUGACCUGGGCCAACCAAUGAGUGGUUCUUUGAGGACUGUACAGACCUCCAGAGGAAGCUGUUUUUAGGUGCCUCGAGAAAACCUGGAGUCCCCGAAACCUCUCAGAUAGAAGAAAGAACUACACGCCACCCCUAAUCUUUGUUGUCCAGUUGAAGAUUGUUAAAGGAGCAAAAAACAUAAAAAUUCAGCUGAAACGGCAGAAAUAGUUUGUGGCAGACAGAAUUGACAACUACCGUAAUAACUUCUAUUUAACUGAAGAGUUGAAAACCAAAUAGAAACUCACAAUGCACAGAAUGACUUAAACAAAAAACUCUUUUUAUUUUUAACACAUUUCCAGGGUAAGAUUAUCUUCAGAAAAAGAAAAAACAUUCACUCCACAUGCACUAUGUACAUAAAGCAAAUAGAAAUUCUUUUCUUUCACAGUCAUCCAUUGAGAAAAAGAACAUUUGAGUGAGAUUCCAAAAGUCCAAAGAUGCUUCCAAAUUCUGUUUAGAUAUAUGGGAGACAUCUCAGCACAUUUAAGCCCAGAUUCUAUUGUUAUUUCUGCAUACAAGCACAAAUCCUCUAACAAAACUGUUUUGAUUUAUUUCAAGUUCAAGCAAAUAAAAUAUAUCAAAUAAUUUUUGUAUGUUGGAUGGUCAGGAUAAUGCGUCAUACAGCAACUGCAAAACCAACAAACAUUAGCUUUGCACUCAAACUCUUCACUCUCCACACGUAUGGCGUUGUGAAAUUAGCAGGUUUGCCACUUGUUGCUUGGCAGCCGGUUCAGUGAAGGAUGUAAUGACGGCUUUAAAAGCUGUUUGUUGUGCUGGGAGUGAGGAGAAAUCAAUCUGUGCUGUCACCGCGACCCUGAAGCACCACGACGAGACACUCUGGUGUGUGGUAGAAGUCAAAAUGAUUUUACAGACAAGAGUCACUGUUUGACUUGUGUCACAUCCAAGACUAACAAUAUAUUUCUUAUGUAUUUGUUUGGUCAGUUUAUCAAGCUCCUCUCUAUACUUCCAGGCUCAGAGCUGUACUUGGAGCUGCAGCAGACACUGACUGCUUAACAACAGCUUUAUUUGAAUCCUGCUGCAGUCAUUUUACAGGGGCAACCAGUCCUGGGUAAUUACACAUAAUGAUCAAGAUUUGGCUUAAAACUCACUCUGUGACGUUCUCACCGAAAAAACUAAAUGACUCCGACCUCCAGACACCCCCGCUGCUCCCGCCCCACAAGCUCUGGUGGUCUAUAACAGUGCUUUCAUCUCAGACCCGCAGACAGACCAACGGCAGCCCGUCACAGACCAACAUAGUGAGCAGAACGACACAUCACAGACACAUUCUUGGCUUUGGUUUGUUAAGAUGAUUGCAGACUCGGCAGCCAAUCCCGAUCCAGACUGCGGCUCUGUCUGCAACGAGUCCUCAGCUCUGGAGGGUCAGGGGCCGCCGGUGCUGGUCGACGCCUGGCUGGUCCCCACUUUCUUCAGCCUCAUCAUGCUGGUGGGUCUGGUUGGGAACUCGCUGGUCAUCCAUGUGGUCACCAAGCACCAGCAGAUGAAGACCGUCACCAACUUCUACAUAGUAAACCUGGCUACGACCGACAUCCUGUUCCUGGUCUGCUGUGUGCCCUUCACUGCCACACUUUACCCGCUGCCCAGCUGGAUCUUUGGAGAGUUUAUGUGCCGACUGGUGAAUUACCUUCAGCAGGUGACUGCCCAGGCGACUUGCAUCACUCUGUCAGCUAUGAGCGUUGAUCGCUGCUACGUGAUGGUUUAUCCCCUGAAGUCACUGCGACACCGAACGCCCCGCGUGGCUCUGGCCGUCUCCGUGUCCAUCUGGAUAGGCUCCUUGCUCCUGUCCAUCCCUGUAGCCAUUUACCAGCGCCUGGAGGACGGUUACUGGUUCGGUCCUCAGACGUACUGCACCGAGGUUUUCCCUUCAGCUCGCCUCCAGAGAGCCUUCAUCAUCUACAGCUUCCUGGCCGUCUACCUGCUGCCUCUGCUCACCAUCACUGCCUGCUACGUCUUCAUGCUCAAGCGCAUGGGCCAGUCCAGUGUGAACCCCAUCGACAGCAGCUACCAACUCCAGGCUCAGGCAGAGCGAGCAGCAGCAGUGAGGGCGAGAGUCUCCCGGAUGGUGGUGGUGAUGGUGGCCCUGUUCCUCAUCUGCUGGGGGCCCAUCCAGGUCUGCAUCCUCCUGCAAGCUUUCGGCCUCCGCAGUUACAUUCUGUACAAGCUGAAGAUCUGGGGUCACUGCAUGUCUUACUCCAACUCCUCCGUCAACCCGCUGGUUUACGCUUUCAUGGGCAACAACUUCAGGAAGGCCUUCAGGAACGCCUUCCCCGCCAUGUUUCUGUGGCGUUCGAGGGGGAGAGUCAGGGUGGGAAACCUGGACGCAGAGGAUGGGGGGGAGAUGGAGCAGCAGGCACCCAAAGGAGAAGAAGAGAUGCACUUUCUUUCAUCUGGCUCCUAAAGGCCACGCGGGGCGUUUGGACACUGUGCGCUCAUUGUUUAUUUAUGGCUCGUUGUGGAGAUGAGAGGAGUCAGCUCAGUGAGAUUUAUGUGCAGGGGCAAACACACACAUGCACAGUUGUGUUUUUGUGACUUCAGAGGGAAUUACAUUGACCUACAUUCAUUUCCAGGAGACUUACUCUAACCUUGACCAUAACUAGUGCUUGCCAGAUGCUAACUUUAACCUUUAUACACGUCUUUACCUUCAAAUGUAAUGAUUUGCUUUAUGGAGACUUGUUUUUGUCCCAUAAUGUAACUGUAUAAAGUAAAUGAGUAAAGAGAUAUAGGUCACAGCAACAAGAAAUAUCCACCCACAGGCACACAAACACACACUGUGUAGGGAUUCCUGCCAUGUGAUCUUUUAAAAAAGGACAAACCAGUCAGGUGCCUCUCGUGACCGACACGAGCUGCUGGAAUACGAUUAUGUUUGUCACAUUUUUCUAGAUUUGGUGGAGUAAUGCAGUGAAUUUGUCAGCUUGAGCUCCUGGUUUUAGCUUUUUUGCAGCUUCUGGUGAAGGUGAGGAAAAAAGAAAAGCUGUACAGGGCAAAAACUGUAAAACUGGAUCCUUCAUGGACAGCAGCAUCAUUAAUUUUAAUCAUUUAAAGACUCCCUCCUGCAAAAAUCAAGUUGUUUUACCGUGUCACAGUGUCCGUAUGGUGUUUAUUCAUAUGCUGGAAGACAUAUGAGCAAAAUGAGCAGUCUGUGCCAUAAAACUGAAAUGCAGGGUAUCGAUGGCAAUCUCGAAAGCACAGAAUUAGACUUCUGAGGAACCAGUCUCGCCAAACCGCAAAGAUUAUUUUAACGGAAAAUCUUCCAGAUACAGAGACAGAUGAUUUGUUCAUCUCUUUUGAGAAAUUCAAGGCAUCACACAUGUUACAAAUGAGUAAACUAAAAAAAAAACAAGCAAAGUGAGGUUCAAAUUGUGUUGGUAGAAGAAACAAGGUGCAUUAUUGUGCUGAUAUUUACAAUAAAAGAAGACUAAAAGACUAGAUAUGUAAGGGUUUAAUCAAGGAGUGGGGUUAAAUCCUUAGGCUGAGCAAAUUCUAUAUGAACUGUUUUUUUAACGUUGCUGCCAUUCUUUAAUAACCUGGCAAUAGCCAGAUUAAUAAUUGUGUAGUACUUGAUAGUACUCCACAAUAUCAAUCUGGGACCGCUCCAUGUAAAUCCGUUCGGAGGAAAGAGGCACGGAUUGGACAAUGCAACAGUAUGUCCCGCCUCUGACAGGUUUGUUUUUAGCCAAUCGCGGGAUCUUCACAACGAGCGGAGCCAAUUGGUAGAUUAAACUCUUACCAAAACCCGUUGGUAAAAAAGCACAAACAUCUUUACCAUCCAGAAUUGUGCAAAGCGCCUCUCGUUGUUCUUCCUUCAAAGAAGCGAUAGGAGAUUCAGCUAAAACUGACUUAAUAGCAGCAUCUACACGAUCGUUGUCCUCCGUUGCCAUGUUUGUUUUGAUCUACUGGCGCUUGGUGUCGUCUUCACACCCGGAUAUCCCGCCCCACACACGAAUACUGCUGCGUGAUUGGCCCGUGCCAACUUGGCUCUGCCCGAACAGUGAAUGCGGGAGCGGUGCAAGAUGGUUUCUUGAGAGAUUUGUGAACUCACAAAUAUCGCGAGAAAUCAACUUGCUGGCAAGGUUAAUUCUUUAAAGUGAACCCUUGCCUUUGUGCAGCAUGGUAGCACAGCUAGGGUUGCUACCCGUCCCUUAAAAUACGUAAUUGUCCUUUAUUUGACAAUUAAUUGUUGCUCCCCAUAUUGAUUCAAUACUCACUCAGACCUCUGAUAUGUUAACAGCACUAAACAAAUACAUGCAUGCACACAUAAAUAAGUUCAUGUACUAAUUGUGUUAAGAUAAGAUUUUGAUUUUUUUUAAUGUUUGUUGAGAAUUUCUUAUUCUGCGUUCAAUUGUUUGUGUUUUUGCAGAAUGCAGUGUUGAAUGUUGGCUAAUCUUUACAUUUUUUUAUUAGUAUGGUUUCACUGUUUGAAAUGAUGCCACUUCUUUUCAGACAGAACCUCUGAUCAUAAAAUAAUACAAAAAUCGCAGUUCUGUGCAUUUAAAGCUUUAAAUAUGACUAAAUGUUUUUUUUCCUCGAAAUUUAAUCUACUACUGCAUGGAUGGUAGUGAGCCACUGGUGGGUGUACUUUCUUUUCAUUUCUGAAAAGUGGCAACCUGAAGCACAGCUCUUCUAACUAGUUAACUGAUAAACAUUGACCAACUUCAGUUAAUACAAGACUGUCUCUACUCACACCUUUUACUGUGUCAUUCAGUUUAUUUAAUACUUAGAUUCAGACUGUGCUGGCCUAAAAUGUGCUUUAUCUAAACACUGCUGUAGGAAAUCUGUACUUUUCAGGUGAGUUGUUCCUGUAUGAUGUUAAAGUGUGUAGCAGGAGGCAGGUUUACUCAGAGAACAAAUAUAGACCCUUUAAUGACCCACGUCACGAAUGACGUCACAGCUUUAGCUGGAGGCAAAAGAGGAAGCCCGCGGCCGGACAGAAAGGCGAAAGACUGAGGGACUAGGCUCUAUCAACUUUUCUAAAAUGUCGUCCUGCUGUGUUUUUGGAUGCCAGAAUAGGAGGAAUGACAUUGGCGAACGCAAAUUAAAGUUUUAUAGGAUUCCACCCCCGAACACUCGUGCUCAGAGGGAACGAAGACAGUUGUGGUUAAAUGCACUGAGGCGAAAAGACUGGACAGAGACGAUCAGCUGCAGUCAAUUCCAGCCAUUUUCAGUACAAAAAAUCGCUAAUAUUCUAUUUGUAAAUAAAAAAUAUUCAAUUCAAUUCAAUUCAGCUUUAUUCCAGACACUGGGUCCAAAUACACACACCAUAAGAACAAGGACACAACAAGACACAGAAAAAAAUACAAUCAAAAACAAUAACCCGUUAAAUAUGACGAGAAAUACAGGGAAUAUUGGACGCGCAUCGCGAGGUGCAUUUCCUUGAAAACGACCGAUUCGUGGAUUAUAUACCGACUUCAAGACAUGUUUUGGAAAAAAUAGUUUACUGGCUUGUGUUGUCUGGAUGACCAAGGUUAGCUUAUGGCCGUUUUUGUAUGGAGUUAGAACAGUCUCAUAAUCCACAAAUGCACACAGAAGAAUUCACACAUGUGAACUGGGAUUCACAAAUGUAAACUGCAAUCCACAAAUAAAUUAAGAAAGUUCACAAAUGUAUUUCUGCAUUCACAAA